AUGAGCAGCAACCAGGACGAGCCGCUCCGUCUCGCCGGGCAGGUCGACCUGCGCGAGGUCCUCGACGGCAGCAGCGCGUGCUUCCGGCUCCAGUUCUCCGAGGACGUCCGCGCUAAGGAGCUCAAGUGGGUCCUUUUCACCGACACGCGGCGCGGCGCCAUCGGGAAGCUCAUUUUUACGCUUGAAGCCAACCACUCUGCCCACAUCAAGGUCAUCGACAUCAACCAAAACUACCGCAACAUGGGCCUCUCUAAGCUACUCUUCCUCGCGACGACAGCGACGCUGCAAGCGCGCAACAUCACGGAGCUCGUGCUCGAGGCCGAAGAAGACACACGCCGGCAUAAGAAGCUCGUCGGCCUCUACGAGACGUGGGGCUUCACGGUCAAGCCCAACGCCAAGAUUCUCUUCCUGUACAACGACACGCAGAGUUUCCGGAAGGUGCCCAUGGCACUGCCGCUUCACGCCAAGGAGCCUAUCCCGCUCGAGUCCAUGGGUCCGCACUCGUUCUGCAUGAUCUCGCUGCGGACGAUGGACGGCGUCUUUGUCGUCGCGUCCGAAGACGGCAUGAUCGACACGACCACGGGCAAGUCCCGUGACGCCUUCUGGCAGACCAUGCUGCUCGGCUCGACCAACUCGACGCUCAAGGGCGGGACCAUCUCGCUACGCAGUGCGCACGGCAAGUUUCUCUGCGUCGAGCCCAUCGGCAACGUCCUCGCCGACCGCUUUGUCAACUCGACAUGGGAGACGUUUGACGUUCUCGCGCAUCCCACGUCAGGCGGCGUCGCGCUGCGCAGCUUCCACGGCAACUACCUCGGGCUCGACAGCGCUCGCGGCCUUACCAUCUCGGCCGAGCCUAUCGCGUGGGACGGCGACGCGAUCAGCAUGCUCACGUGCGACAAGACGCAGGCCACGCCGGUGCAUGCCAAGCUCCUGCGCAAGUACCAGACCAUGCGCUUUGCCCAAGCGCAGGCGGCCAUGUUUGCGGGGCUCCACCACGACGCGCUCUCGAUCGACGAUGCAUGCAAGGCGCUGCUCCGCCUCAACGGCGAGUCGGGUGCGGCAGCCACGAGUCAACUGUUGAAGCACAUGCUGUACGACGGCAACGCCAUUCGCGCCGAGGGUCAUCCCGAUUGGAUGCAACUGCUUGUGUUUUUGCGCGCCCUGGGCAUGCUCUUCCUGCUCUGGUCCGACGACCAAGACAGCGUCGUCUUGCGCGGUAUCUCGGCCACGCGGUGGCUCGACGAGACGUCAACGUGGGUCAUGGGCGUGCCGAUUCCCGACACGAUCGCGCACCCGAGUCUCAACGCACUCAAUGCCGACCACAAGACGCCAGCAGCCAAGUACGAAGCCGGCGCAGGGAUGGCCCAGGUCGUCAUGCCGUGGACACCGGAAGAGUAUUUGUUCCUUGUGCUUUCUGGGAACAAGACGCAGCUGCCGGACGAGGCGCUGCCGCUUCUGCGCUUCUUCUCGUGCCACGUGUGGCACCAACACGAUGCGUACGCCGACCUCGCGACGCCCGACGACCUGGACGUCCAAGACAUGCUGCGCGGCUUGCACUAUGGUCGGGUUCCACCGACGGCAUGCGACCUCGACGCUAUCGACGUUGACGCGGCAUUGCCCUACUAUCAGAGCCUCUGUGCCAAGUACUUGCCGCCCGUGCUUCAGUGGUAG